AUGAGAAGUAAGAAUGAACCCACAUUGUAUGUAAAGAAGAAAGGUACUGAUUUCAUUAUUGUUUGCCUUUACGUUGAUGAUAUCAUUUAUACUAGCUCUUUUAUUUCUCUUGUGGAUGAAUUCAAGUCGCAAAUGAUGAAUGAGUUUGAGAUGUCAGAUAUGGGUUUAUUACAUUACUUUCUUAGCCUUGAAGUCCAUCAAGAUGAAGAUGGAAUAUUUCUAUCACAAAGGAAAUAUGCCAAGGACCUUCUCAUUAAAUUUGGUUUGCUUAAUUGCAAGCCUGCAGCUAUACCUAUGAAUGUUGGUAAAAAAUUACAGCUUAAUGAUGGAGCAGAGAUGGAUGAUGCUAGAAGUUUCAGAAGUUUAGUUGGAGGUUUGAUUUACCUAACCCACACUCGCCCCGAUAUUGCAUUCUCUGUUGGUGUCAUUUCCAGGUUCAUGCAACAACCUUCAAAGGUUUAUUUUGGAGCAGCAAAAAGGGUUCUGCGUUAUAUCGCUGGAACUAUGGACUAUGGUAUUUGGUAUUCACAAGUUUCCAAUUUUAGAUUAUGUAGAUUUACUGAUAGUGACUAUGUUGGUUUGUUGGAUGAUAGACAGAGCAUUUCAGCUCAUGUUUUCACUCUAGGUUCAGGUGUGGUGACUUGGAGCUCAAAGAAGCAAGCUACAACAACGUUGUCAACCUUAAAAGCUGAGUACAUUGCAGGAACUUCAGCAUCUUGUUAA